AUGACCAGCCUCACGCGGCCUUCGGAUCACAGAUCACGGGGCAGCAGUUUGGAGCUGCCUUGCAUUCUGCGCGCGCCCCAGCUUCUCCUCGACACUGCGCCCUCGACUUUGACGUCUGGCCGUGCAUCUGCUCCGACUCCUCCACUCGACUCGCUCGCCAACACCGCCGUUGAUAAGCACUCCAGAGCUCCAGACAGCCCCUCCACACGCGUCAUGGCGGUCCAAGGCAUGGUGCCCAUCCUGGUGGGCAUGAUGCUGCUGACGGGAUGCUGCAACACGCUGUUGACCAAAUACCAAGACAUGCAGUGCGUCGGCAACUGCGACUCCUCCAACCCCAAGAACCGCGACCACUUCGAGCAGCCCGUGCUCCAGACGCUGCAGAUGUUCAUUGGCGAAAUGGGCUGCUGGCUCGUCAUCGGCCUCUUCACCCUUUGGCAGCGCUACGCUGGCGCCCGUGCAGGCUACGAGGCCAUCCCCAAUGCUGAAGGCACGGCAACCCCGGCGAGCGACGAGAGCGGAACCGCCGACAUUGCGAACCCACUCAAGCCCGUGCAUGCGGACGACGAGGGCAGGAUUCCGCUUGAGGGCCGCAGCGUGUUCUUGCUUGCGCUGCCGGCGUGCUGCGACAUUGCGGGCACGACGCUCAUGAACGUCGGACUGCUGUUUGUGGCCGCCAGUAUCUACCAGAUGACGCGUGGCGCGCUGGUGCUAUUUGUUGGGCUGUUCAGUGUCUGGUUCCUCAAGCGCCAUCUCGGACUGUACAAGUGGUUCUCGCUCUUUGUGGUCGUGUUCGGCGUCGCCAUUGUGGGACUGGCCGGUGCGAUCACAAAGGACGACAAGGCGACGCCAGGCCACCAGUCUAUCCACUCUGCCAUGACAAACGUCGCGCCAGCCAAGUCUCAGGCGCUCAUGACAAUCAUCGGUGUGCUGCUCAUUGCUGGCGCGCAGAUCUUCACGGCUACGCAGUUUGUGCUCGAGGAAAGGAUCAUGGAGAAGUACGCCAUGGAGCCCAUCAAGGUUGUGGGCUGGGAGGGCAUCUUCGGCUUUCUUGUCACGACCAUUAUCAUGGUCAUCCUGCACUUCGCUGUGGGCACUGGGUACUUCAACGCGAGGGAGGGCCUAUACCAGAUGACGCACUACAAGGGCAUCGCCGUAUCAUCUCUCCUGAUCAUGAUCAGUAUUGGUGGCUUCAACUUCUUCGGUCUGUCCGUAACCCGCACCGUCUCUGCCACGUCGCGCUCGACCAUCGACACCUGCCGCACGCUCUUCAUCUGGCUCGUGUCGCUCGGCCUUGGCUGGGAAACGUUCAAGUGGCUGCAGGUGCUGGGUUUUGCGUGUUUAGUUUAUGGCAGCUUCCUAUUCUUCGAUAUAAUCCGCCCGCCGUUCAAAUCGUGCGUAGAGAGGAAGCCGGAGCCUCUGCUACCCGAGGACCCCAUUGAGCAUCAUUGA